AGUGACUCCCAACUUCCAACGGGUCACCUGUACAGCAAGAGCAGCCUCAUCAAAACAAACCCCUGCUGGGGCGCUCGAGGCCGUGCUUUUUAAAAUAAAAACACCUAAGUGCUCCCUUGGCCUAACUAGACCCUGAACCCACUGAACAAUAAAAAGAAACUCAACAACUAUAGACAGGAGUGAAGGAGACUGGUAAAUGGCUGCUGUGGUGUUCCGAGGAGGCCCUGAUCGCCGUUGUCUGUCCCUCUGAGGCGGUCCCAAGAGCCCUCCCUCGCCAUGGUCUUCGGCAGGAGCAAGGCGGCGCAGCUGCCACCGUGCCCGCAGCGGCCGUCCUGGGAGGAGAUGGAGGAGGACCUCACCAACUCCACCAAGGCCGAUGUCGUGUUCUCCCUCGCCAAGUCAAUAUUAGAUGACAAGGGAAGUUCAGUUGAUCGACGGGGAAGCACAAAUAACAUCGAGACAACGGAAGCAACAACUGGAGCAGGAGGGAAGGAUGCCGGGGAAGACGAAAUAUUCCUCAGAGCAACAGAGUUUGUGGAGCGUAACGAUGAACUGCUGAGGUGUGCCAAGCGGCUGGCCGAGGAGAGCGAACGACUGCAGGAAGUGAGUGAGAGUCUGAGGGAAACGGUGGAGGAGGUGAAGAAGCAGGCACUGGUGGCCAUUGACGGUUGCUGAAAAGGAGAGAGGAAGGGAUGAGGGGAAGAAAGUGUCAUGAAAGGGAGUAAGAUGAAAUGGGGAAGGAGGAGGAAGUGGUAGAGGAGGGUAUUUGGCUCAAAGAAAGGAAGGGGAGAAGAGUUGGAUGAAACAAAAGUAGAGGGAUGAUGAUGUAAGGGCAGUUGGGAUUUCAUUAUUUAUGCAUAACAAACAAUCUCCAUGGAAGGGGAGGGAGAGGAAGAUGGCAGAGGUUUGAAAUGAAUGAAAAUGUGGAGCCCUGCCAUGUUCAGUCUGUUGCUUGUUGGUCAAGAGGAGCAAAACUUUUGUUGUAUUAUUUUCCUCUCUCUUUUAUUGUAACUUUUUCCACUCUGCAAUCUCUUCUACAGACUGUGUGAAUUAUUAUUUGUAAGGUAAUUAAAGUCCACAUCUACA